AUGGAAAAUGAUAAUGGUAUAGUUAUUGGUCACUGGAAAGAUAAAAGAUCCGUUAGAUUCAUAACUACAAAACAUACUGUAAACAUAAUUGAUACAGGUAAAAAAAAUCGAUUAGGUGAAAAUGUAAAGAAACCAGAAGCAAUAUUGUUUUACAAUAGGUUCAAGCAAGGUGUAGAUAUCUCAGAUCAAAUGUCUAGCUACCAUAAUGUUCUUAGAAAAACCAUACGGUGGUACCAUAAAGUUGCGUUUGAGUUUCUCUUUGGUACGGCAGUUGUAAAUGCAUGGAACGUUUAUAAAAGUGUUACAAAUAAUAGUAAUAUGCAAAWAAAAAAAUUCCGUGAAAAUYUCAUUCRUGAAUUACUUAGUGAUGUUAUUUCUUCAAAGUUGUCAAUUCCAUCAGUCUCUCCAAAAUUUGUAAAAAUACCACAUAACUUGAUAGAGAUGGAAGGCAAAUCUGGGAAUUYAAACAGAAAAAAACGUAGGAAAUGUGUAGGUUGUUAUGAAAAUCKGAGGUUGACAUUGGGCCMAACAGAAUCCAAGAAAAAAUGCAAAAUGAUUUCAACAAUUUGCCAAGACUGUGACAAACCAUAUUGUUYACAUUGUUUUCAACAUAAACAUUAG